AAAUAAAAAAAUAUAAAUAAAAAAAAAUGCUAAAUACAGUAAUAUUAAUUAGUAUCUUAAUAUUAGGUACAUUUACCCAUUCUAACCGUAAAUGCGGUCACGACAGUAAAGAAAUGUAAGACCACUAUUAGAAAAUGUAGGAAACUUACGAAGAAAUUGAAAAAUCAACCCAUAAAUAACGUAUUCUUUAAACAAAUAGCGAGGCAGAAUCUAUAAGAAUAACUAUAGAUUAUUCCACGAUAGAUAAAGUAGGCUUAGGAAUAACAUAAUAAUAAAAAAACUACUUAAUAAAUAUUAUGGAAGCAUCCAAACUUUAUUUCUAAAAACUUUUGAAAGUAUACCCAUUAAAAGGAAAUAACAUUUUCCCCAGAGGAUGGUCUCCAGAAUGUCUAUAAGUUUAAGUCCCUUAAAAUGAUUAAAUAGUAGGAGUUCCUAAUUCUGAUUUACAUUUAUACGUCAUUUAUACUAAAUAAAAUAGUGGUAUGCUUGCAAAUGCCGGUUUUUGUGCUAUGGCUGAUGUAGGAAUACCUAGACCUACUUAUGGAAGAGUUAAUUUUAAUUUAUCGAAUAUGUUUAAAUUUGGAGGAGAUCCUGAAGUUUUCGAGAAUGAUUUGGAAACAACUGUUCAUGAAAUUUUACAUGUACUUGGUUUCUCAGGAAGCGCUAUGUACUAUUGGAUAGAUCCUGAUACUGGAAAACCUUAUGGACCUAACAAUAAAGAAAAAUUGUAAAAAAUAAAAAUCUAUAGAGGAAAAUAAACCGCUCUUUUAACUUCCAAAAACGUAUUAGAAGUUACUAGAAAAUAUUAUAAUUGUCCUACAGCUGAAGGAAUGUAAAUAGAAAAUGAAGGUGGUGCAGGUUCAUUUGGUUCUCAUUGGGAAAGAACUGUUAUUUAUAAUGAAAUGAUGACUGGUGCUUCAGUAAGUACUGAUAGUGUUUUUUCUAUAUUUACAAUUGCUCUUUUGAAAGAUACAGGUUUUUACCCUGAAGUAAAUGAGAAUAUGGCUGAUGAUAUAUUCUGGGGAAAAGGAAAAGGUUGCGAUUUCCUAGAAAACGCUUGCAAAAGUACAACCGAAUACCCUGAAUAUCCUAAAAAAUAUAAUGAAAAUUAAUGUUCGUUUGAAUAUGAUGGAAUCGGUAUUGGCAGACCUGACUAAUUUGCAGACGGAUGUGCUAUAGUAUCCCCUUAUUCAAAUAGAUUAUGCACAAACCCUAAUAGUGUACUUGAUAAAAAUUAAAAAUUGCAAGAAUAGGAUAAAUUAUCUAAUUAUUCAACUCAAAGCAAAUGCUUCUAGUCUACAGCUGUAAAAUCAUCAUCUUAAUAUAUUUAUUCAGAUUUAUUCAGAUGUCAUUAAUUUAAAUGUUCCCCCGAUGCCUUUCAAAUAAUUGUUAUUUUCCCCGAGAGUUAAUUAUAAGUUAUAUGUGAAAAAGAAGAUUAAGGACUAAAAAAGGACAUCGAUAAAACCGGCCAAAAAGUUAUAGGCUAAAUCACAUGUCCUUAAGAUUAUAAAAGAUUCUGUAAUUAUACCCCUAUAUGUCCAAAUUUCUGUUCCGAAAAAGGAGUUUGUGUAAAAGGUUAAUGUAUCUGCCCAGCCGGAUUCGGAGGAGUUGAUUGUUCUAUAAAAUGCUCCGGUGUAGUAGAUAAUGCAACUUGUAUAGGAAGCUCAUGUCCUUCAGGUAAAUUUUUGAACCCAGAUAAUACUUGCAAAUAAGACUGUCCCUUAGGUUUAUUCGGAAGGGCUGGGAAAUGCGAACUUUGUGAUGCUAACUGUUCUAGAUGUACAGGACCAUCAGCUAAUGAAUGUACUAGGUGUUAGUUUAUGACAUUUUUAUAAGGAAAUUAGUGUGUAGAUAAUUGUAAUUAGAAUUAAGGAUUUUCACCUAAUUAUACUUUGGGUAUUUGCUAGACAUAGUUAUCCAAAACAUGUAAAGGAAAUUGCGAAACUUGUGAAUAUGAUAAUUCUCCUUUGUGUAAUUCUUGCAAAAAAGGUUUUUUCUUGAAUGGUGAUAAUAAGGAGUGUUAAAGUUAAUGCCCUUUAGGAUAUUUUGAAAACUAAUAAACUUAAGCUUGUGAGAAACUUUAGUUAGGAUGCCUUUAAUAAAAUAAUUCAAAUACAUGUUCAUAAUGUGAUACUGCUAAACAAUUUAGAUUAGGUUUAAAUGGAAAAUGUACUUUAUGUAAGUAAUAUUGUUCUUAAUGUAAUCCUAAUAAUUUAUCCUAGUGUUUUGUUUGCGAGGGAAGUAAAUUAGUAAGUAUUGAUGGUAGUUGUGUAGAUAAAUGCCCUGAUAGUAGUUAUUAUUCUGGUAUAUAAAAAAAAUGCGAAAAUUGCACUAUAGGAUGUUAAUAAUGCAAUGAAAGUUAAUGCAAUAAAUGCUUAGAUGAUCAUUAUAUUAAUUAUAAUAAUAAAGGUUGUACUAAAUGUUCUUCUAAAUUUUCUUAAUGUAUAUCCUGUGAUGAAAACUAAUGUGGAAAUACUGGAUAAGCAUGCUCUUAGGGAUGUAAAUUAUGUUCAUUUGGGAAAUGCGUAUAAUGUUAAGAUAGUUAUUAUUUAGAUUAUGUAAGUAAAUAAUGUGUAAGUUGCAGUAGUAAAUUCAGUAAUUGUUUAACAUGUAUGGAUAAUAUAUGCAAUCAAUGUACAACUGGAUUUUCAUAUGAUUUGAAACUAAAAUAAUGCUAAAAAAUACCUGAUACAGGUGGAAAUACUGGAUAAGCAUGCUCUUAGGGAUGUAAAUUAUGUUCGUUUGGGAAAUGCGUAUAAUGUUAAGAUAGUUAUUAUUUAGAUUAUGUAAGUAAAUAAUGUGUAAGUUGCAGUAGUAAAUUCAGUAAUUGUUUAACAUGUAUGGAUAAUAUAUGCAAUCAAUGUACAACUGGAUUUUCAUAUGAUUUGAAACUAAAAUAAUGCUAAAAAAUACCUGAUACAGGUGGAAAUACUGGAUAAGCAUGCUCUUAGGGAUGUAAAUUAUGUUCGUUUGGGAAAUGCGUAUAAUGUUAAGAUAGUUAUUAUUUAGAUUAUGUAAGUAAAUAAUGUGUAAGUUGCAGUAGUAAAUUCAGUAAUUGUUUAACAUGUAUGGAUAAUAUAUGCAAUCAAUGUACAACUGGAUUUUCAUAUGAUUUGAAACUAAAAUAAUGCUAAAAAAUACCUGAUACAGGUGGAAAUACUGGAUAAGCAUGCUCUUAGGGAUGUAAAUUAUGUUCAUUUGGAAAAUGCGUAUAAUGUUAAGAUAGUUAUUAUUUAGAUUAUGUAAGUAAAUAAUGUGUAAGUUGCAGUAGUAAAUUCAGUAAUUGUUUAACAUGUAUGGAAUAAUAUAUGCCUUUAAUGUACAACUGG